GGAUUCCCACCCCGCACCCCAGGGUGUACAGCAUCCAUGGUCGGACGGUCACUCGGUACCCCGCCAACUCCAUCGUCGUCGUCGGAGGCUGCCCGGUGUGCAGAGUCGGCGUUCUGGAGGACUGCUUCACCUUCCUGGGCAUCUUCCUGGCCAUCAUCUUGUUUCCCUUUGGGUUCAUCUGCUGCUUUGCCUUGAGGAAGCGGAGAUGUCCCAACUGUGGCGCGACCUUCACUUAAAAGAACACACUUGGCUUUCUGAGGGCCAGCUCUCUUUUCUAAUGUAAAUGUUGUGUACAGUAGUUUUAUUUGACUAAGCUUCAGGACUGUUUUGUAAAGUGAGGUGGGAUAGCUUUGGCAUGUGCCAGCUUAGGCCUCGCAGAGGGUGGGAGGCAGCAACACUGCUCUCCAGGUGAACGACAGCUCGAGAAAACAUUGCUUUUAUUUUUUUGCAGUCUUCAAUUUGAGAAAGGUGAGAAAUACUGUUUUAAAUAAAUGAGAUUCAUACCACU